GUCAACCUUUUGGAAUGCUGUGCAUAAAGUAUUGACAUCUCGUUGGAGCAAGAGCAACACACCCCUCUAUUGUAUGGCACAUUCUCUAAAUCCCAAGUUCAUCCUACAACCUUUGACAUGGUGGGCAGUUCAUGGAGCGUCAGCACCAAAGCUUCAAGUCUUAGCAUUCAAAUUACUUGGACAACCUUCAUCAUCUUCAUGUUGCGAAAGGAAUUGGAGUACCUACAAAUUCAUACAUUCUGCAACAAGAAAUAAGAUUGCUCCACAAAGAGCGGAAGAUUUGGUGUUUGUACACACCAAUCUUCGUCUCUUAUCUCGAAAGAGUCAAUCUUACAAAGACGGUCCAGAGCAAAUGUGGGAUAUUGGAGGUGAUCAAUUUGAUUCAUUGGAUGAGACUAAUCUUGGGAGGCUUGAGUUUGAGGAUCUAUCUCUUGAUGAACCUGAGUUGGAGGCCGUUUUGUUUGCUGGUGUUGAGGACAAUGAGAAUGAAGAUGAUGUCCCUAAUUUUUGAGUAUAAUUGUCUUUAAUUAUAUUUGUGUUGUUUAAGAUUAAAUUAUUUGCAUUUAAGUUGUAUGAGAGUAUAUGAGACUAUUUCAAUCUUGAACAUAAAAGUAUUGACA